UCCGCCCAAGCGGGAUUUGUUGUUUUCGAGUAUUAGAUGUGUUUGUUUUGUUCGCUUAUUGUUUCGGGUUUGAUUAAUCCCUAAAGUGCCGUCUACAGUAAUUUUCACCAUAUUGCUCUAACAAAAAAGUGCCACUUACUGCUUAUUCUUUUGUGACUGUGUGUUUGUUGAUAAGUUUCCAUCUGGACUAUUUGUUUUAACCUCCUGAACAGUUGGAGUUUCGUCCCGGGUAAACGAUAGUAAACUUUGGUCAACACCUGAGCGAGCCGCUAUCCUUUCUUGGAUAUUCAUCUCAGUCAUUCAGAAUAAUGCCGAAGCAUUUUAUUAUUGUAAGUUUGAAGACAGACGGCACCAGAAUGUGAUAUUUGCCUCGUUGAAUUUGAUGUGGACAUCCAUCGUCCCAAGUGCUUGCCCUGUGGACACACCAUUUGCAGAGACUGUGUGCAGAAUACUGCCUUGGGUAGGAGGUGUCCAACUUGCAGGAAGUUCCUGACUGGUCUUGGCAACCUCCCCGACAACAUCUUCAUGAUUCGGAUGAUAGAGGAGGCUGUGGGUGGCCCACCACGCAAAGUCCCCAGGAGGGAGGAUGUGCAGCAGCUGGAGCGGGGGGUGGACGCGGGAAGGAAGGUGGUGCAGCAGCUGCGGCAGCUGGUCCCCAUGGCGGUGGAGGCCCUGAAUCGUCAGCUCGACUCAUCGGUCGCCCAGCUCCACCAAAUGGAAGAGGCUCUCGCGAACCUGCAGCGGGGGACGGCAGGCGAGGAGGGCACCACGACGCCCGAGCUCGCGGUGAAGCACAUGGAGCUGGCGGUGCUCCUGGAGGGCAGCGCCCGCCUGCUCAACACCAAGAAGUGCGAUGUCGUUGCCGAGGAAGGUGUGGCCAGCUGGAGGGCCUCCGUGAAGGAGGGGCCCAUUGACCACGUGAUACCUCUUCUGCUGCUUCAGCUGCAUGCGGGCGGCCAACUGCAGAAGGUUGAUGUUGUUGGACCCCCAAGGCUCUCCACUCUCUCAAUUGAAGACGAGGAUGAUCUUGACGACAACGGCCAGCUGAAGGUGGACGACAUCCUGCGACACGGGCGGCGCUGGAAAAAUAUACGCAUUCUUCAAAACUUAAAUGGUCACGACUCGGAGAAUCUGCUGCGUCUCAUGGCGCCGUACCUUGAGGAGCUGGGGAUAUCGGGCCAAGCUGGACUAGAAGUCUUAGAAGAGGUGGGGAAAAUGUCGUCACUCAAAAAACUAAUCAUCAAAUGUGAAAACGACUUAGCUGACCACCCGGACCUCCCGUUUCAACUAGAAAAGCUCACACUGUCUCAACCAAGCGAGAAGCAACUGCGUUCUGUGCUGCGGAUGCCGCGGCUGAGGAGCCUGGCCGUGGACUUUUACUUUGGUCCUGUUGUGUCUUUCCCCUUGUCUCAGCAUGGCGGGCUGCUGUGGCUGGGCGUUUCCUUUGAUGUAGAUCACAAGGACACGAUGUUGUCCUUGAUCCGUGCCUAUGCCACGUC